UUUUUAUGUGUAGAAUGCGUGUGUCUGACUCCAACAAUAACGAAGAAGCUAUCCGUCGGUCACGUUUCUGUCACCUUCUCUUCCCACCCACCACAUACUUCUCUUUCCAUUUCAUUCCUUCCUUUUCCCUCGCCCCCCACCCGCCCGCGUAUCUAUCUAUAUAUUGAUUCAAGAAGAAUUUAGGUUUUCUUCUUUCCAUUUCAGGAACCAUUCACCUACUUCUUCUUCAGACUUCUCUGCUCAAUUUUCCAGCUUUUUCCUGCUUUAAACUCAUCUACAAUGUCAAGCUUAGAAGAGCCGUUGAGUUUGGACAAAGUGCCCACCAUGAGUACCAUUGCUCAAUUCCGGAGGUUCUCAUCCAGUGCUUGUGGGCCUAGAGGAGAUGAUAUGGGAAUGGGAAAUUGCUGGAUUGAUGGGAGAAGUUGCAGCUCAUCCAACAGCUGUGAAGAGGAUUUUGAAGAAUAUGAUGGAGAAAGAUUUUCAUGGAAAAAACAAACAAAUAAUGGUACGUCCAAGAGAAGGCCUUCGAGCAGCAGAAAUAAUGGUGUUUUUGGAAGUGUUUGUGAUUCACGGUAUUUGAAUGAUCAGUCAUAUACCUCUUACCAGAAUGGCAAAGGUGCAAGGGACACGGAUAAUAGGAUCUUUAGAGGUAUACCUAAAUAUGUAAAAAUAGUUGAAGUUGGUCCCAGGGAUGGAUUGCAGAAUGAGAAGAACAUUGUACCUGCAGAAGUGAAGGUAGAAUUGAUUCAUAGGCUGGUUGCUUCUGGGUUGUCUGUUGUUGAGGCCACUAGUUUUGUCUCACCAAAGUGGGUACCCCAGCUUGCAGAUGCAAAAGAGGUGAUGGAAGCUGUGAAACAUUUGGUGAAUGUUAAACUACCUGUAUUAACACCUAAUCUAAAAGGUUUCGAAGCAGCAAUUGCUGCUGGGGCAAAAGAAAUAGCUGUUUUUGCAUCUGCUUCUGAGUCCUUCUCAAAGUCAAAUAUUAACUGUACUAUUGAAGAGAGUCUUGACCGUUAUCGUGCUGUUACUCAGGCUGCCAAAAAACACUCUAUACCAGUCCGCGGGUAUGUGUCAUGUGUGGUUGGCUGUCCAGUGGAGGGAGCAAUUCCUCCUUCAAAAGUAGCUUAUGUAGCAAAACAACUUUAUGAUAUGGGAUGCUUUGAAAUCUCCCUUGGUGACACAAUAGGAGUUGGAACACCUGGCACAGUUGUUCCGAUGCUAGAAGCUGUAAUGGCUGUUGUUCCGGUUGAGAAACUUGCAGUCCACUUUCAUGACACUUAUGCGCAGUCUCUUCCAAAUAUCUUGGUUUCACUUCAAAUGGGGAUUGGUGUGAUCGACUCAUCUAUUGCUGGUCUGGGUGGCUGCCCGUAUGCAAAGGGAGCCUCGGGUAAUGUCGCCACAGAGGAUGUAGUUUACAUGCUUCAUGGGCUUGGUCUGAAGACUAAUGUUGACUUGGGAAUACUCUUAUCAGCUGGGGAGUUCAUCAACAAAUACUUGGGUCGCAGUUCUGGUUCCAAGACAGCCAUUGCUUUAAGUCGGUUGACAAAUGAUACAUCAAAAAUAUGAUAGGAAGACCAUUUAAUGCCAAUUUCUUGUACAAUAUAAUUAAUAAAGAAAACUGGAAACUCAUGUUUGUUUCAGGAUCACCAAUCUGGAGUAUAAGAAUUCAAACUCAUUUUUCUGGCAAUAAAUACCAUAACUUUCUAUAUUAUUUGAUGCCAA